AAUGUGUCCCUCUCCUCCGUCCAAGAGGGAGAGAGACCGACCCGCUGCACCCAGGGCCUCGCCACCAGAUCGCGGCUGACCCUAAAGCCCCAAACAGCAAGCACUGCUUGCAGUCCUCAGGAAAUGAACGCGCACUCAAGGCCCCGCGGCGCCGGGCGUUGUACUCCAAGGGGCCGAGCUCUCCGAGGCCCUCUCCAAGGCCCGACGGAGGCCCUGACUGCACCUACCACGGCCGCAGACACGUCCUCCUCCCGCACCUGCACUCACCUGCGGGAAAAGCGACGCAGCACGAGGCGCUCGCCCAUGUGCACGGCGGCUUCCUUCCCGCUCCGACGACGGCCUCCGACGACGACGAAGGCACUACCCGCACGACCGCUUCCACGAAGGCGCUUCACGGAGGCAGCGCUCUCCACGGGCCGGGCAGGGAAGCGCCCCCGAAGGUGCAACCGCGCAGCCAUUAACACCUGCGCUCUCCGGCUGCACUCAAUGGCUAAAUCCCAUAAAAACCGCCGUGACUCACCUUACACCUCAUUCCCUGUCAUGCCCUGCGGCCACCUUGCCCCUGCCCACUGCCCCCAGCCCCCCCCCUUGCCUCUCGGCCCCCGGGCUCCUCCUCCAACUACAACCUCUGAGAAUUCUCCGCGGCCUUCCCUUUACUCUGCCCAACUCAUACCUCCCCCUCGCCCCCCGCCCCUCUCCUCCCCAUACCCCGUUCAACCUCCCCCGCCUCCCACAGGGGAUCUCCGCCCCCGCCCCUCGCCUCCCGCCUCCCCCGGGGCGCGCAUCCGCAGCGCCGCCGUCCGCGCCUCCGCACUCCGCUGCUCCUCGGUUACUGAGAUCCGGGUGGAGACAGGCCGCCCUCGAGUCUCCGCCCUCUCCCUCGUGGCGCUCACGGCGCUCACGGCGCGGCUCGAAGACCCGAGAGCGGAAGGCAGUGAAUCCAGCGUAACAUGGGCGUAUCUCUUGCUCCGCCCACCCCCGCGAGAAGCGAGGGAACGCCCACUACACCUGGAGCGGUUACGUAAGGCAGCGCCGAAGGCCACGCUAUAUCACGCAUUAUUAUAUGCUGCACGUAUUACGUACUACGCCAUCGCAUAUACUGCAUUAGUGUCUCUGCUGGAAGGCAAGCUGGUCUCCCUCGAGUGCGUCGACAUCCGGCUCCGGGAGCGGGUGCGACGGGCUCCGUGGGCGCUGCAACGGCCUGGGCGCCCGUGGUACUGGCAAGGCUAG